CAUCAUCUUUGUUCUCGUCUCGCACCUCGAACUUUGAGUUUCUUUCAUUCCAACUCAUACCUUUCUCUAUUUCAUUGGAACAUCAGUUAGUUACAAUAAGCGGAAACUCGUUAUUCAGCUGAAAGACGCGCAACACUGUAGUCAGUUGACGGAUUUUUACUCAUUCAAGGAAAAUAAUAAUAAGAAGGAAUAGGAGCGCCAAAAUAAAGGAAAAAAAAUAAAAGAUAAAAAAAAAAAAGGAAAAAGAAAAGAGCAGGUCAAUUUUUUUCAUCUUCAGAGGACCCAACAGAAACAGCUUGUGUAAAACCAAGGAAACUUUGAUAUGGCGGGUCAUGCAGGAGGCGGGCUGACAGCCUCUAUGGCUGUACCCAAGGCAAAGGAAGACCCAGUGAGGCAACAAUUGAUCCAAGCCCUGUUUUCCGACAGUUCAUCUUCUACUUCGGAAACCAUGUUAACUUAUCUCAAGAUUUAUGAGGAAGAAAAGGCAACCAAGGAAACAAAGAUCAUGUCCUCUGGAAAGAAAGGUGGUAGUGCUGAGAGGACAAAGAUGCUUUCCAAACCUCGAUAUCUCUGCAUGACAGUCAAGGCAAAUGGGAAAGUGCGUCUACAUAAAGUGAAGAAGACCUCGGCAACUUCUUACCAUAUUGGAAGGACUUGGCAUCUGGAUGAAAUUAAAUCGAUUGAGAACGUGGAUGCAAAGCGCUGGACAGUGGUUAUCAAUCGUCCUUAUGUUUGGGUAACAGAUACCUCUGAACUCAAGAAUGACUUUUUAAUGAUGCUACUCAAGGUUCUGAGAAGUAACUUGAAGAGGCUACCGACAUUAAUUAAUAUUGACGAGCCAGCAUUAGCAACACAAUUCAACGUGGCAAGAGAAGUGGCUGCCACCACCAAUACCAGGAACCACAGGAUGGCCCCUAUACCCGACAGCGGCAAUGCUGCUAAUUCUGCAGGAUCAUUUGUGCAGGAUUUUGAACAACGGCUAUCCAUUCAAACAGAGCGUAUGAAGCGAAGUGUUGCCCCAUCCGUGUCAUCAUUAGGAUCAACCCUUGCGCCUGGAGGAUCAAAUAGUCCAAGGAGUGAGCGUAAUGGAGCAAAGUUUAUGGACGAGGCUGACGCUCUAGACGAGAUUGCCCUUAUGAAUCUGGAAGAAUUAUUAUACGAUAUGGAUCUAGCCUCGAACGAGGAUGGCGUUGCGUUGGAAACGAGGUUGAUGAACGAGUUGAACUCACUGGAGAUGGCGAACGUAUAUUCCAUCAUCGAGUCAGAUACAAGGAUUAAGGAUGUGAUGGCAGAGCUUGAUAAGGGAAUUGAAGAAUUAGAUGAUAUGGAUAAUUGGCUUUCACUUUAUCGACAGGAGCUGGAUUCUAUGGGCGAUGACAUUCGACAAAUCGAAUCUCAGAACCGUGGACUGCAAGUACAGACAUCUAAUCAAGCUAGUCUAUUAAGAGAGCUUGAGAAUCUACUGGUAUCUAUUUCAAUUCCUGAUAGAGUCCUUGAAACGUUGAAAAAGGAAACAUUGGAGACUGACCGAGGGAUUCGCAAGAUCGAGGAUGCAGCAGCAGUGAUUCAGGAUGUGUUGUUGGCCAAAUAUGAUGAGGAUGUGGCGGGCAUGAGCGCUGUCAGAGGACGGAUGGAACUAUAUAGUUACCACUGCGAGAAUUUUGCAGGCCGGUUAGCAGAUCAUUUGAGGAACAAGAUACAGACAUUGACAGAUCAGUAUUUGAAUGACAAGCAGAGAUCACUGACUAAAGGAUAUGUGGUCAUUUUUGGAUACGAGCCUAUUGAAAAGUAUUUGAUCAGCUACCGCGGAUUGAUUCUUUGGUUGAGAGAGAUGGAUCCAAAGCGUCGGUUCGCAGACUUGCAAAUGAUUUAUGUAAAUAACCUGAAUCGACUGUUCCGCAAGGAAAUCAAGGAGUUUUUCAAUGUUCUUUCGACUCAUCACCUUGCCAAGUUAGAAAAACCCGAUGAUUCCGAGUUUGUGUUUGGAUCUACAUACCAUGGCAGCAUUAUAUCACGAGGAGGAACAGCCCUCCGUGAAUCACUAUCUUCACCUUCUGAUUUAACUGGUAGGAUUCCAUGGCGUAAACGCUCGACGCGCGAGAUUAAAGGCCAGCCUGUGGCGGAUAGGGACGGCACUUUGUUGUCAGAAUCAUCACGCAGGAUUGAUGUGGCUGCUGAAGAGAAGCUUGCUAUAGAUGAAGCAUUCUCGCAAGCAUUGUCGAUUGUAACUGCUAUGGCAGCACGGGAACAAAACUACAUGUCAGACCUGUUUACAUUGACCAAGAUGAUGUCUAUGCGGAUGUUUAUUGAUGACCCACCACCUUUCUCGCUUCAGGACCUGGAUGAGAAGAGGAAACCUAGUCUUGAUGUUAAGAGCUCCAAGCGACUGGCGCAAUUGAUGGGUAUCUUGUUUGAUGGUCUUAGCGUUGAGCUGAACAACUUUGCAGAGAAUGGAGUGAAGAACGAAAGUGUCCAAUGUGUUGGAAUGAUGAUUGCUGUAGAGCGUGUGCAGAAGGAUUUUGUGGAAUCUGAUCAAGCUUUUUUGAUUACGAUGCUGUCUCAGCUACACACUAAACUUGUGGGCAUGUUUGAAAAGUAUGUAGAAGAGCAGCUCAAGUUUAUUGAAGAGGCGCGGCACAAGACCAAGAGGAAGGGCGUCUUACCAUUUAUGCGUAUAUUCCCUCGUUUCGCCGAGAGGAUGGAGGCGUUACUCGAUGGCAAUGAUGAUAUUGAGGCUCGCAAGUUGAUCACGACAGCGUAUGAUAAACUUGUUAGGGUAAUGUUCGAAUCUACGGAAGCAUUGGCCAAGGAGACUGUGGACUUUGAUGAUAAGGAGCAGGGAUCCCAUGUGAUCAACAUUGAGAAUAUGCAUCACUUUUAUUCAGAGUUGCGGCAGCGUAAGAUCCCGAACCUCGAAAACUACAUGAAGUAUGCAAAGAGUUCAUAUGAGAGUCAUCUAGAGACAUAUGUCCGAGGAGUUGUCCGACGGACAUUGUUGAAGCUUUUGGACUUUUUUGAUGGAGUGGAGGGUCUAGUCAAGGCCAAGGCUUCAGAAGACGUGGCGUUCCAUUUGACAUAUAACAAACAAGCACUCAAGAAGGUGGUCUCACAGUAUUCGGGAUCGGUUGUGAAGAAGGAUCUAGCACACCUGUACAAGAAGGUGGAAAAACAUUUCACCUCAGAAGAAGAAGAAGGGCUUUUGCAGGUAGCUUGGAGAGGUAUUCAAGAGGAGAUUAUCCGACAACACGAACGGUUUUCGAGAUUGAUCCGAGAGUGUUACCCGGAUGCAGGCGUUCAGAUGGAAUUCUCGAUGCAGGAAUUGCUUGGGUACUUUUCAGAUAUCAGCAAGAGCCAUCAUUAAAAGAUAAGGACCGACCAAGAAGAAGAGG